AUGGAAGGAGAGACACAGGCUAGCUCUGCAGAGGUUGAAGUGCAGUUGCCCACCAAGCUUGAGGUUGAGGUGGAGGGAGAUGAAAAUCUAGUCAAUGGAAAGUCACACCUAUCAACCAAAGGAGGUAGCAAAGAAGACAUGGAAGAGGAAGUGACGUCAGAUGAUUUUAUAAAGAUAGAAAAAGAAUCUAUCGAUGUGAAGGAAGUUCCGCAUUCAGUCACACCAGUAGCCAAAGUGGAUGAAAUUCCGUCUGCCCAAUAUUGGCCUUGCCGAAGAAAAGCUAGAAAAAUUGAGAAGCAUUGUGAGCAGCUUGAAUCUGACCGGGUGAGCCUGAAAGAUGAGGUUCUAGGAGCUGAACUAAAGUACAAUAAGCAGCUUGAGUCACUGCAAGAGGCAUUGGGGGCUCUAGAAGUGAAGCAGAAGGAGCUAGUUGAUGUGAAGGAAGCUUUCAGUGGAUUGUCUGCUGAGCUGGAAAAUUCAAAAAAAGUGAUGGAAGAGUUUGAAUCAAAGCUGGUAAUAUCAGCAGCCGAGGCAAGAAAAUUUGAAGAGCUCAGUAAUGAGAAAAGCUCACAUGCUGAGGUACAAGCAAAGAAGGCUUUAGAGUUUGAGAAUAUGCUAGAAGCUGCAAAACUUGGUGCCAAGGACAUGGAAGAUCAAAUAGGCAAUCUGCAGGAAGAGUUGAAGGGCCUAUAUGAUAAGAUUACAGAGAAUCAAAAAGUCGAAGAAGCAUUGUCUGCAACUGUAUCAGAGCUCUCAGCUACCCGGGAGAUGUUGCAGUUUUCAAAUUCAAAAAUAACAGAUUUAGAGCAAAAGCUUGCUUCAGAGGAAAGCACUAUUCAUGAUCUGACAGAACAACUAAAUCUUCGGAAAGUUUCUGAAGAACAGAUGAGAGAAGACAUAAUAGCUUUGGAAAGUCUGUUAUCAGCCUCCAAAGAAGAGAGCCAAGCAAAGAUUGCUAAGCUUGAGGAACUUGAUGCAAAGCUUCUAGAAGAACUGAAGAUAAGGCAAACUUUUGAAGAAAGCUUGAAAGCCCAUGGAACUCAAACAUCAAAUCUACUGGAGGAGGUGGCUAAGUUGAGUGGAGAAAAGGAAGCUCUUGAGAACAUCAUUGCUGACCUAAACACAAAUUUAUCAAUGAAUAAGGAGUUGUGCAAUGAACUAGAGGAAAAGCUUAAUCUGGCUGACACAAACCUCGGCAACACAGCCUUACUCCUCACUCAGGCAUUAUCAAAAAUUGAGGAACUCGAACAAAAACAGAAGGUCCUUGAAGACAACCUAGAAGAAUCCAAAAAGAGUGCUGAAGCUGAAAUUCAGAAAAUUCUUGAGCUUGAUGCUUUGCUUCAGGCAUCCAAAGCAUCUGAGGAAGAUGUGAAGUCUCAAUUGAAGGAGACUGAGGUGAAGUUGAUGUCUACAGAGAAGCAGAGUACAGAGCUCGAGCAACAGUUAGCUUUGGCAGAACUGCGAUUCACUGAUGCAGAUAGAGAAAUAAAUGAACUCAAGGAGAAAACAGCAGAGCUGACCACUUUGUUAAAAGAAGCUGAUGAGGCAAAAGAGCUAUCAAGAUGCCAUUUCCAGGCCUAUGAAGAAAGAAUUGGCCAAUUGGAAUCUUCUUUAGGUAGUUCAAGCACAAAGCACGAUGCACUUGAACAAGAGUUGAAGCAACUCGCUGAAAAAUGCACUGAACAUGAAGGGAGGGCCAGUGAGACACAUCAACGCAAUCUAGAACUGGAAAAUUUGGUUCAAGAAUCACAUUCACGAGCAGAAGAUGCUGGAAAGAAAGCAAGUGAACUGGACCUAUUGUUGGAGACUGCUAAUUAUCGAACACAGGAGCUCGAAAAUCUAGUGAGUGUUAUGGAGACAAAACAUAGAGAUGCUGAAGCAGAAGCAACGCGGCAUGGUGUCAGAAUUUCCGAGAUUUCUGCAGAACUAGAAGCAUUCCAGGCAAAAUCAGCAAGCCUUGAAGUCUUGCUGCAAACUGCCAAUGUGAAAGAGCAAGAGUUAGCUGAUAUGUUGAGUACCACUACUGAUGAGAAGAAGAAAUUUGAAGAACUAUCAAAACUUUAUGCAGAAAAAGUUGGCCAUGCCGAGAAUGUUGUUGACGUCUUACAAGGAGAAUUAAAAUCAGUGCGAGAGAAAGUGGAAAGUGUUGAAGAAGAUCUGCAGGCUUUCACUGUGAGAGAGGCGGAGUUACUGGAAAAGCUAAGAUUCACAGAAGAACAGUUAGAACAUCAUGGGCGGGCAGCAGAACAAGCAAAUGCAAGAAGCUUGGAGCUAGAAAGCUUUCAUAAUUCAUUUUCUAAAGAAUCAGAACUAAAACUUCAAGCAGCAUUAGAAAGUAUUUCUCAAAAGGAUUCAGAAACAAGACAGUUGCUCGAGGAAGUGAAGUCCCUGGAUGAACAAGUUCUUCUAUAUCAAAACCAGGCUCUUGAAGCAACUGAAAAAGUUGCAUCACUGAAAGCGGAAUUGGAGGCAAAUGCAAUAAAAUUUGUUGCUCUAGAAGAGACAAUUGAUGAUCUCAAAAGGAAGCUAGCAGAUAUCGAAGGAAAAGCUGAACAGUCAUCUUCUGAGAAUGAAUUAUUGGCAGGAACUAAUAAAAAGCUGAGGGAAGAGUUGGAAACUCAUCAGCUCAAGGUCAAUGAGCUGAUGAGCUCCAUUCACACCGAGAAGGAGGCAACUGCUGAACAACUAGCUUCCCACAUGAAAACUAUUGCUGAGCUAACAGAUAAGCACUCCAGAGGCUUGCAAAUCCAGUCUGAAACUGAAUCCCGCGUGAAGGAAACUGAAAUCCAGCUACAUGAAGCCGUUCAGAAAUUCACUCAAAGGGAUUCUGAUGCUAGGGAUUUGAAUGAGAAGCUGCUUGCUCUUGAAGAUCAAGUGAGAAUAUAUGAAGAACAAGUCAGAGAAUCAGUUGCUGUUGUGGAAUCUCAGAAGUCCAACCUAGAAGAGACUACAUUGAAGCUACAGGACAUGGACAAAUUAGUUGAUGAGAUGCAUUCCAAGGCUAAGCAAUUUGAGACUGAGAACGAGACCUUAAUCAGAACGAACUUGACUUUGACUCAGGAGCUAGCGGAGUAUGAGGCAAAAAUGAAUGAGCUAAAAGCAGCGCUUGAUGCAGUCAGUGCAGAGAAAGAACAUACAUUUUCACAGCUUGAUUCUUCUACAAAAGUAAUAGAGGAUCUCAAGCAACAGAUUGCUUCUGACAAAGAGAAACUUGACUCACAGAUAUCUUCUAUCCAGGUGGAGAAUAACUCACUCAAUGAGAUGCAUGAAGCUGCGAAGCAGGAACUGGAAGAAGUCAGAGUUCAGAUGGAUGAAAAGUUGAAUGAGCUCAAGGAAAGAGAGUCUUCUCUUGCAGUAUAUGGAGAGAAAUUAGAACAAGGGCUAUGUGAGAAAGCUCUUUUGGAGGCACGCAUCACUGAACUUGAACAACAGUUGUUGGUAGCUGGAAGGAAAUCUAAUGAAGAGAUUCAAAGCAAAGAAGCAAUACUAUCUGCCAUGGGGGAGCAUGCAGCUGGUCUUCACAAGGAAGAUCUUUUCCUUGAAAGUCCGAGGCACCUUCAGAAAGAGCAAGAUCUCACUCAAAACACUAUAGCAACAAAGGAUAAGGAUGCAGUAACAGAAACCACUGUUGGCAGUGUGGAGGUGAAAUCCAGAGAUUUUGUGUUGGGAACAUCAACAACAACAAAAAGGAAGAGCAAGAAAAGAAGUGAGGCUGUGCCCAGUGAGACAAUUCCAGCCCAUGCAUCGACCACAGAUACUGCACAUCAUUCAGGCGCUAUGGCCUUCAAGUUCGUACUUGGCGUUGCUCUGGUGUCCAUGGUUAUUGGCGUUAUACUUGGAAAGAGAUAUUAGUAUUGUGAAUUCAUUUAUUCCAUUGGAUUAAUAUGCAGUCAAGAAUGGUUUGCUAUUGAAUUUCUAUUUACAGUCUAGGUCUUGGUGUUGCCAAGGGGGGAAUGGAUGAAAACCAGUUUGUUCCAUUGAAGUUCUCUGGUUAUGUUUGUAGUUCAAAAGCAUCUGAGUUUGGGUUGGGAAUUCACUUUUUUUUCUUAGUCCAUUCCUAGCCAAAUGCAUUGAAGAAGCUGCUGCUUUGCUUGUAAUUAUUUUGCUGUAUUUGAACAUGUAAAACUUCUAUGUAUUGUAAGUAAUUUGGAUUUUGUGUCAGAUAAAAUGUUUUUAUGUUUAGAGA